AUGAUUGCUCGGAUUCUUCAGGGUCAUUCAACUGGGGUGGAGGCCUCCAUCAGUAACCUAGUGAACUUACAUCUGCAGGCCUCCUACAUGUACCUUGAUCUAGGCUUCUAUUUCCAACGAGAUGAUGUAUGUCUCAAGGAGCUGGGACACUUCUUUCACAUACUGUCCGAGGAGAAACUUAAAGGUGUGGAGCGCCUCCUGAAGAUGCAAAAUCUGCGCCAUGGUCACACUUCCUUUCAGGACGUAAAGCGCCCUUUCCAAGAUGACUGGGGCAAAAGCCAUAAGGUCAUGGAGUCUGCAGUGAUCAUAGAAAAAAGCCUCAACCGUGCCCUUCAGGAUUUGUAUGAGCUGGGUAUUGCCAUGGGAGACCAACAGCUCUGUGACUUCUUGCAGACCUCUUUCAUAGACCGGGAGGUAAAAGUACUGGAGAAGAUGAAGGUGUAUCUGGCCAACCUCCGCACACCUGUGUUGGUCUAUGGGAUGGGUGAACAGCUCUUCUAA